AUGACAGAAAGUUUUCUGAACGAAAUAAUGAAUCACACUGUUACGAAGAAGUACUCAAAGCAGGAUAUAAUGCACAUUUUGGAUAACUCCGUUCUAAAUUUCGAUCAAGCAACUUUAUUGAUUUACGAAGUAUCCGAAACAUUUAGUCAAGCAGAUAUUUUCAAUUUGUUGAAGCAUAUUUCUAUUAAUUUCAACAGCAAGUUCGAAGCAUUACAAAGUUUUCUAGUUUUAUUAAGCAUUAAACUAGAAAUUCCGUUCUUUAAAGACUUAUCAACAUAUUUGCAAGAUAACAUGAAUGCAAAAUCCCAAGUCGCUUCUGCAAUUCAAGAAAAAAUUAAUCUCCUUACAAAUCAAAACAACGCUAUCUUAUCACAAAUUUCAGUACAACUUAACUCUCUUAAGAAUGCAACAGUAUCUGCUGAACCAAAAGAACAAAAACCACAACCUACCAAGAUUUCAAAUGAAAAUAUCAAACAACUCAUGCAAUAUGAGAAGGAUAAAUCUCAUUACGCUUAUAUAUACAAAAUUUUAGAGAAGAGUGCCAGCGAAAAUGAUAAAGAAGCUCUGAAAUUUUCUAUUGAUUCGAAAUACGCUGAAAUCACCGAUGAUUUCCUGGAUAACAUGCUUCUGAAGGCAGCAGACCUAAAUAACUUACAAUUAGCGAGAUAUCUCGUUGAACUUGGAAUGGAUCCAAACGUUACAAACAGAGGAUCAUUAACACCUCUUCACUACUUCUGUAGAAAUGGAAAUCUAGAAGCGGCAAAGUUUUUCUGUAGUCUCAAAGGAAUAAACGUAAAUGCAAAACAUUAUCAAGGGUGGACUCCUUUGCACUACGCUUGCUUUGAAUCAAAUAUCCCACUGGUUGAGUUCCUUGUCACUGUUGAUGGUUUAAGAAUCAAUGAAACAGAUAAUUACGGAAAUACUCCAUACCAAAGUCCAACAUCCCCUAAAGUAAAAGAAAUCCUUUCUUCAAAGGGAGGAAAAUAA